AGUAAGAGUUGUAAUGAGAGGAGCAGGUACGCCCUAGAAAACAAGUGUAAACGAUAGUGGACUCUUUCCCUGCCAGCCCGCUCAAGUAAAUACACAACCACCUCGUGCGGACGAUGAAACAUGGCAGCUGGAAAAGCAAUGUCCUUCCAACGUGUUGGGAGUCUAAUGCGGAGUAGAUCUGAGGGGACGCUGAUCGAUCUGAAUGACAAUGCCUCAGUUAAUAACAACCUGAAUGGUGGGUAUGUGACACAAGUAAAAAAUAAUUCAGAGUGGCCACUUUUACAGCCAGAAGCUGCACUUCUGCAGACGAAAAACCCCUUUUGGAACAAGCUGUCAGGAUCAAAUCCUUUCUUGGAUGACAUAGUGCAUAACAGUACGGACAAACAAAAUGCCAACACAUCAAAUGCAAAACAAAGCACUGAAAAACAAGUGGACACAAAUAAUGACGAUGUCAUAAGCACGUCUUCAGAUGAAGGGAACGUGGGAAACUUUCUGGAGAAUAAACACAAAGUGAGCAACAGAUCCGGGAGAUGGAGAAGUGCUUCAGACAUUCUGGAUGAUCUGGAGAGAAAAGUGCCAAAACAAGAGAACUGCUUCACACCACCUGGGCCGGUUCUGAAUCCAGAUUUUGAGUGGCUGAAGAAUGACAGAGAGGCUUAUAAGAUGGCCUGGCUGAGUCACAGGCAGCUCACACGCUCAUGUUUGGACUUAAGUCUGAGCCCAGGAUGGGCUCAAACCCAGGCAUCAAACUUCCAGAUCAUCUCCAAGAUCAGCCAUGCUGGAGGUACAGUUCAGUUACCGGACUCUGACAUCAGGAUCCAUAUACCAGAGGGCCAUGUUCCUCCUGGAGAAGUCCAGGAAGUUACACUAAAAGCAAUGCUAGACCCUCCUCCAGGACUCAAUAACAACUAUGUAACCACCAUGAGUCCACUUCUAGAGGUCGUCCUCAGCAACAUCAACAUAAAGAAGUGCAUCUCUCUGGAUAUUAAACUGUCUGGAGAGGUCAAGGAUGAUUCACUGAGUCAGGUGAUGACGACUGUGUCCGGGCUGGUGUCCAAUAAAAGAGACGGACCAUAUCUUAAGGUGAACGACUGUUUCAUUCACAAGAACAAGAUGCAGAUGAAGGUGCAGGACUUGAAGACACAUUUUUAUGUGAUUGCAGUGGCAGAGGCCUCUGCAAUCCAGGCCCCUGCUACAUCAGUUUGGGAUUACCUUGACCGUCAAAUCACAGUCGCAGUUUACGGUCCAAGGUACAUCCAUCCAUCAUUCAAGGUUGUCAUAGUGGUUUGCUGUCAUGAGGACGUUCCCCCCAAGCUUCCAUUUUCAGCUAUCAGUAAAGGGAAUAAAAACCUGCCUCCGCUCAUUCUGCAGCUUUGGGGAAAACACCGUUUUAAACCUGACAAACUGAACAACCUAAAUGUAGGAAUCAGCCUCGCAGACUCCAUGUUUAAAAUCCAACCUGAGGACGAACUGAAAGAAGUGAGGCAAAGUCAGCUCAAAAUAGGCACAGUUCUGCAUCUUCCAGUCGCAGUAGCAUUUUCUGGUAAUACAGAAAUGACUCCAUUCAAACUAGAUCUAGAUGUGAAGGAUUCCAGUGGGUCCACUGUGGCACAUUUCCCAGUGCCUUCCCCUCCUGCAGCACCCAGCAGAUCUGAAAAGCGAGUUCAUAAGCAGUCAGACAAGCGGAUUGAAUUGGCAAGAACUGCACCUAUUCCUGAGGAAAGUGGUCCAGAUUUACCCAAAUUUGCAGACAGACCUGUGAACCUACAGUGGUACGGUGUAGCUCUGAAGUCAGUUCUUCGUCAGCCUCGUGUAGAGUACCUUCUGGAGUACUUCAAGGGGGACACAGUGGCUCUCCUGUCCAGAGACACUGUUAGAUCUGUGGGUAACUCAAAAGUCAAGGAAUGGUACAUCGGAUUCCUCCGAGGCAGGACUGGUUUGGUGCACUGCAAAAACGUCAAGCUCAUAACCAGAGACCAAGUGAUAGACUUCACCGGGAUUCACAUCACCACAGAGGUCCUCUUGGACAACAUGACGCUGCCCUUCAAGAAGCUUACUUACAUGUACUCUGCCAUCGAGACACUGGUCACUGAACACAUUAGCAGCUGGAGAGGAUUUGCUGAUGCUCUAGGGUACAGAAAGUUGUCUUUGGACUCCAUAACACGGAGGUGUGCUGAGACUGAGGCUGAUAAAGUGGCCAGUGUACUGGAAAGGCUGAAGGAAGACUGCCACGCUGAAAGGACCAGGAAGUUCAUGCAUGAGCUCAUAGUGGGUCUUCUGAGGAUGGAUUCAGUGAAUCUGGCGGCCCAGCUGAUCCAGAACACCGUCAUUCUGUCCACUGCUGUGGAGCUGGGAGUGCGAUGGCGGGAACUUGCUGAUAAGAUGGGAAAACUGUCCAGUACUCAGAUAGCUGGCUACGAAGCACCGCACAGAGGGAAGACUGGAGAAGUUGGUUCCCAGUCGAUGUGGAAGCCCGCCUAUGACUUCCUGUACUCCUGGAGUCUGCGCUAUGGAGACAGUUACAGGAACAUGAUCCAGGAUCUGCACCUGUUCCUGGACAAAAUGAAAAACCCUGCCACCAGGCAAUGGAGGCAGCUGACCGGUGCCCUCAUCACAGUGAACUGUCUUGAUAUCUUUAGAAACUCUGCAUAUCCCAAUGCCUAAAACAUAAUGAAAAUACACUCUAGUGAGGACAGCAGUAUCCACGCACUAGAGUCACAGAGACAGAUGGGUUUUUUUCAUAGACUUCUACUAAAUGCUGGUUUAUACUUCUUAUGCUGUGAUCCCGGAAGUGCUGUGAAUGCAGGAAAUGCAUUGCCGGCAGUCAGUCAGCGUCCAUUCUACACGUAGUUACACUUUGGAGGAGGAGCUACAUGUGUUGGCUUCUGCAUAGGCACAGGAGCUGCAUAGGUUAUGCCGUUGAUCUGACACAGAAGUGUAAACCAGGCUUAAGAAGUGGGUGUAUAGAUCUUGAUAUUAAAUAGAAGCAAAUGUGGAUGUGCCUUGAAGAUGAGUUUUUUUUUCUUUGAAACAAUGGAGAGAUUGCACUGAUAGCUGAAAGAAAUCUAAUUGUAUGAUGCCAGGAGAAAAAUGACCUUACAUCUCAGUUUAGAUUCUUAGAUUUAUCUAACAAGUUUACGGCCUCUUAAAUCUUGCAACCCAUCAGCUGUGGGAGCAACACAAAGUUUUCGGAGGCUUUUGAUGUAGCCAAAAAGAAAAUUCAAGGCCAAGAUAUCCUUUAUUUUGUGCUGCUCAUUGUUAACAGUCCCUCUAGCAACUUGAGAGUGGAGUGGAAGUAAGCAGUCGACAUCUAUGACUGGGUUGUUAGCUGCACUUAAGAGAAAAUAUGAUUCUAUUAUGAUUAAUAUAAAGCCAGUUGGAUCCAGGAUUGUUUUGGAGCAGAUAUAUUUAGCUUGUUCUGCUCUCAUCACUGCUGAUAAGACUGCUUUCUUGCAUAAAACAAAAAAAAGAGAAAAUGUGUUACUGUUAAUAAUGUAGCAAGUUGCCAGAACUCUAGGCUUCAAAAUGGGAGUUUACAAACCCAUGGGUGACGUCAAAGUGGCUACAUCAAAUUGUUUUACUCAGUCAGGGGCUUGUUACACAGAAAUAAUGUUCCAAUGUUGUCAUUUGACUCUUGUGUUGUCUUUUAGUUUUGCCUGAUUUGAUUUAUACUCAUUUAUACACCAAGCACAAAAGACAAUUUAUUGAAAUUCACAAGGUACUUGCACUAAAAUUUUAGAUCUCACUUAGUGAAUGCAAAAUAUUUUGUCACAAAUUUUGAGAUGUGAAGGAUUGUUACUUCAUCUUUAGAAGUGUCCACAAUACUUUUUUAAUAUAGGAUGAAGUUUUGAAGUAAAAUGUAAUUUUGGUGCAUAAUUUACAGUCCAGUGUGGAAAAGCUGUUCUUUGGAUCAAUACUGUCAGCUGAUGUAUCAACGUUCGGAAACCUCUUUGGUCUUUUAGUAAUUUAGCCAAUAUAUUUACUGCACUACAAAUCUACAUUACAUUACACAGAGGUUUUCAAAUUGAUAUGUUAGUAUGUUUCUAAAACAACACUGCCUAAAUCCUCACUUCACUCCUUCAUGGGCCCUGUGAAAAUAUGUAUCAUUGGGACUUUGAGGUUUUAGUUUUCUGUCAGAUGUAGUGUGUGGCUAACAUGUCAUGGACAGGAAACCAAUAAAUGUGAACACUUGCUAACAAUGUCGAUGAUUGCAGUUCUGACAUUGAUCUUCAGUAAGGUUUGUAAGAAUGUUUUACCAAAGUGAACGUUUCUUGAUGCCAGUAAUGGAACCGCAGAGAUUCUACUGUAUAAGUGUCAUAAACUAUUGCUGUCUUAAAUAUUAUUGUAUUUGAUAUUUUUUUACUGUAUUGUAAUGUUUUAGAUAUAUACAAAGCAGAUUUUUUUAAAAAUAUUAUUCAAUGUAAGUAACCUAUUAAUUGUGUUGACAUUUGUUUGAUGUUUUUAUGGUCACAUUGAAAUCUCAUCAUUUAGAGUGGUGCCAUAUACAGUGUGCAAUGCCUUCAGGAGCUCAAAUGAUUGAUACAAUAUUUUUAAUGCUGAACCCAGAUGUGUUGCUGAAGACAUAAAGAAUAAAUUUAAACUGAAUAAAACUA